AUCCCAAGUUGUAUUAUGAAGAAUUAUAAGAGAAGAGAGAGUGGCUUUCUCUGGUCAUUUUUUGCGCAUUCAAAGAAGCAAAAUGGCAGCCGCCGCCAUGAUGAAUGCUAAUACCCUCCCAAGAUUCAAUGGCCUAAGACCCUCAGCCGCCCCUGUAAGACCCCUGGCAGCUGUUCAUCCAGUGAGGCGAAAGGGAAAUGGAGCUCUAGGUGCUCGUAUGGAUUUCAUCGGUUCACCCACAAAUUUGAUAAUGGUGGCAAGCACAAGCCUCAUGCUAUUUGCUGGAAGAUUUGGGCUAGCUCCAUCAGCAAACAGGAAGGCUACAGCAGGAUUGAAGCUCGAGGUGAGGGACUCAGGCUUACAAACUGGUGAUCUAGCUGGGUUCACUCUUGCUGAUACCUUGGCGUGUGGGGCUGUUGGCCACAUAAUUGGUGUUGGGGUUGUCCUUGGUCUCAAGAACAUGGGUGCAUUGUAAGAAUCUUCAUAAGCAUAUGAAUUGAAGUGCUCUGCUUUUAAUUC